CUCAGCUUGGUUCCAACUUCCAACCAAACACUAAUGGAAGGCCACGCUAAUUCAACCGACAACGAUGCCGAUCAGAUUCAGAAUUGUGUUAUCACCGAUUCAACCAAUCAACACAACAACGAUGACGAUCAAAACCAAAUUCCGACUCAAAAUCACCUUGAAUUUCAGGUAAUUGAACCACCAUAUUCGAACGAAGGAAGCCCUAGUUCCGAUUCAUCAUUUCUUGGGCUUGAUGAUACAUUCACAUAUGAUAUUCAUAACGCUCCUGACUCCGAUUCACUGCUAUAUGAAAUACUUUCUAGAUUGCCUCUUAAAUCACUUUUCAGGUUGAAAUGUGUUUGCAAACACUGGCAAACCCUCAUUUCUCAACGUUCUUUUUCGCGGUUUUAUAUCUCGCGUAUGAUAACUUCCAACACAGCAUCAUCGUCACUGCCUUUCAGAAUCUUGUAUAGGUACAUUUGUGAGUCAGAACCUGAAGAUGUUCUUAACCGAUUCCGUUCCGAAAGUUACAAUUCAUCUGGACUUUAUUUGUCUAGGGAGGAACAUAAAGCCAUCAAGUUUAAAGUGUUAGGUGUGAGUAAUGGCUUGAUUCUAUGUUGUUCGUUGGGACCUUUGGUUUACCAUGUUUGUAAUCCGGUUACCAGGCAGUGGGUUACUUUAGCUAAAUCCACGAAAACACAAAAUUUCUUCGCGGAAGGUUUUGUUAGUAGAGUUAAUGAGGAUAAUCUUGUUACUGACUAUACAGUUGUGAGGCUAGAAAUGGAUCUCUCAGUUGUGAGACAAGAAAUGCUCACCUCAUUCCCAGACUAUCUCCAUUUAGAGAUUUUUUCGUCUGAAACCGGUGAAUGGGUUGGUUAUAGGGUGCCUUGUCCUUUUCAAAUUGCAUUCCCGAAGCGUGGUGCAGGUCCUAUAUGCUUUAAAGGAGUUCUUCAUUGGUUUGUUAAUGAUCAUGGUAUGGUUGCUUUUGAUCCUUACAAGGAUCCAAAGUCUUGUCGGCUUAUUCAAUUACCUGCUGACAGAGAUGUCCAAAGUGAGGUUACGCAUGACGGGCUUUAUCGUUUGUGUGACGUGUGUCAAGGAAAGCUUCGUCUUUUUCAGGUGGCACCUGAUGCUAGUUCGUUUUACUGUUUUAGUAUGUGGGAUAUGAAAGAUUAUGAUAAAGGUGAAUGGUGUUCUGAAUUCAAGGUGACCCGUAGUGAUCUCUCAUCUUCUGAUCCUGAACUGGAGAGCUGGUUAAUGAAAGCAACUUUUCUUCCAUUAUCUUUCCAUCCAUUUGAUCUGGAUGUUGUUUAUCUGAGGUGUGUGGAGCUUGCUUGUUUGGUAUCAUAUAAUAUUCAGAACAGACAGCUAGAUGUUGCCUGUAAACCUGCUGGUGCUAUUGAUGACCUGUCAUGGCGGGUGGUGGUGCCAUUUGUCAUUCCAACGUGGCCAACACCGGUUCCUAUUCCUCCUGUUAAGGUUGUUAUACCAGAAGUUGAUCCCCUCCGUGUUUUCAAUGGGUGGUGGUGAAGGAAAGAUAAUUCAGGAAGGAAAAAUCAAGGUUUAGAGAAUUAUGUUGACAUGAAGACAUAUUUCUACAAAAUUUCGUUUAACUUUGCAUUGUACUGUCAUAAGACAUAUCGUAUGUUUUACUUUUUAAGUAUUGUACCCUAAGAUAUGACGAAAUAAUUUAAGUUUUUUCUGUUAA